UUGCUAAUUAAUUUUAUGCAGAGGGAUAUUCAUUACAGAAAAGCAAAGAGUGAAGGGUACAGGGCAAGAAGUGCAUAUAAAUUACUGGAAAUAAUUGAGGAAUAUAAUGUCUUAGUGGGUGUCUCCACAGUAAUUGACUUAUGUGCUGCGCCUGGGAGCUGGAGCCAAGUCAUCAAGGAAAGACUGCCAGACGCGAAAUUGCUCUCUGUGGACUUGCAGGAUAUUGAGCCCAUCUCAGAUGCAAUUAUCCUGAAGGGCGACAUAACAGCAGAUUCUACUAUUUCCCAGAUAAAAGAUGCUUUUAAGCAGAAGGUAGACUUAAUCUUAUGCGACGGUGCCCCAGAAGUCACAGGCCUGCAUGACUUAGAUGAGUACUUCCAUUCCUCCUUGAUACAGGCAUCCUGCCGUCUGUCAAGCCAGCUUCUUUCUCCUGCUGGGUGUUUCAUCACAAAAGUCUUCACUGGUGACUCUCCGAAUAUUCUGAUGGAAGACCUUAAAGAAUACUUUAUGGACGUGAUAAUUGUAAAACCAAAAAGUAGCAGAAUAAAAAGUAAAGAAGCCUUUGCAAUAUGCCACAAAAUAAAGAGCAUGCAGGAAUAG